AUGGCUUUUGAUCCUUCCAAAUCAAUUCAUUACAAAGUUGUUUUGCUCGACAGAUUACGCGAAGACGAUCAUUUGUAUCAAAUUCAUGUUUAUUCGUCAGAAACCAAUGCAUGGGGGAGACCCUCUGGUGAUCAUUAUUCUUUCUCCUCAGUGGACUUGGAUAAUGGAGUCUAUUGCAAUGGUUCAAUACAUUGGAUUUCCUUCUGGCCAGAUGAACCUUCCAAAUACUUUGAUGUUGAUCAAGAAAGAUUGUUUCCAAUGCCAUCUUCACCAUUUUUCUGGCAUUUCGGGGAGUCUAGAGGUCAUCUGUAUCUUACUGGGCACAGUGUUUUUGGAACCAAAUUUGAUAUUGAAGUCUCAGAGAUGGAAAGAGAUUACUCUAAGUGGUCAUUGAAGUAUCGAAUUAACUUUAACAUGAUGCUUAAUUUUGUAUCUAAGGAGAUGAUCGCACCGCGAACACUGUCUGUGCUUGGCUUAAUUCAUGGAAAAGAUGAACGAGAUGUGUUUUUGGUGUGUUUUGUGGGCACCAAUAUGAUCAUCUCCUAUAACAUCAAAAAUGACACAUUUAAGAAGCUUGAUGAUGUAGUACACCAUCCUGGUUCUUCUUCCCAGGAGCUUAGGCAGUAUAAAAGCUGCAGGGUCUAUCGAUACAUUGAGACACUCCUCUCAGUUUGA